AAGAUCUGCUCAAAUUACUGGAAUGGCAGCGCUUCAGCCAUGUGCUGCGAAGUAUCACCAUGACCUGGAAGACAUUCAUCGAGAACUGGCGGGUGCGCAAGACCCACAAGAAUUGGCAGAGCGACUUGUAAACAUCUCAGUUUCCAGGAGUGAUUGGGAAGGGCUGCUGCGAACUGGGAAAGGUGAGGAUGCGGGGUCGAUAGCUCAAUGCGCCAUUGAAACCUCUUUAACUGCAAGCGCCGUACCGCCAGAUCUGGAAGAACUUCUGGCCGAUUUCUUUCAAGCAGUUGUGUCUGUUGGUGAGGAGCAUCCGCACAUGGCUGCUUUGGUCUUAGGAGGGGCUUUGUCAGGGCUUCGACAUAAAUCAACUUGCCCUUGUGCACUUCCAAUCCGGAUGUUGCAGAUCUGGUUCGAAGGAAAACUCUUGGAGAUUGUGGUGAGUGCGUUAAUCGGGAACCACGACACCUUUCGUGUUGAUGGAGUUCUUUCGCAUGCGUGUGCUGGAUGGCUGUGCAGCCUUCCGGAUCGGGUGUCACAAGCCUUCGGAACCACUUUGUGUGCUGACUUUGCAUCUUGGCUUGACUCGGUCUACGUGGAACGCCUGGUGGCUGCCGUUGUGUCCUCGACUCUAGUGACCGAGACCGAUGAUUGGACGACGGCCCUCGAGCUGUGGGCACGCUUGGCGCUGCGCGGGAACGCGGCGAGGUUGGCCGCGGAGGUCUGUGCGGCAUCCCUGAGGGGUGGACGAGAGGCUGCAGCGUUGAUGGGGCGGGUGAUCUUGAAGCUCUCAGAGGAGCAUGUCGCAAGCAGGAGUCUGGUCGCUGCCAUCUUGGAGGCCGCAACACUUGUUUUACGGAUCAGCUCCUCGCAAUUAGUGGCCUUCGGUGGCGCCGUGGAGCUCCUGCUGGAGCUCUUGGGCCCGUCCGUCGGCACGAGUUCAUCUACACGAGAGCUGCUCGCGGUGCAUCUCUGGCGCACGAGCAAUGCGGUGGUCGCAAGCUCCGCGCCGGUGGUCUUUGCGGUGGUGGAUUUGCUGUUGGCAGGUGUUCCUUCCAUCAGUGCACCUAAAGGCGAGGGGUCAGAGGAGGUCGCCCGGCAGUGGCUGAAGGGCUGGGCCUCUGGGCCACGCUCGGAUGCCCACUUCGAGCGUGCGCUGGGCUGGCGGAUCGCGCGGGCGCUGGUGCGGGCGCCGAUGCAGGACUGGGGGCUGCUUCUGCAAGGCGUGCAGCAUCGCUUGGCGGCCCAAGACACCUCCGUGCGGCUCGUGGGAAUGGCCGUGGCGGAGAUCAUGGCGGAGAUCUGGCGGUCGAAGGAGACCGAGGACGAGCUCCGCUUCGAUCACUUCGACCGGAACGAUGCUUCGGUGGCAGCCUUUCAGCUGGUGAAGCAAGACUUCCAGACCGCUGCUCUGCCACCGCCGGACCUGCCGGCGGAUGAACUACCGUCACCAGCGGCUCAGCAGUUGCGUGCACUGCUGGCCUUGGGAGGAGGCCGUGUCGGUGACGUCGGUGGCUCAGCGGUGCCGUUGGGUCAGGAUGACAAGGAGGUCGAAGUCCAACCGAAGGAGCGGCAGGAGCGAGCUCCUGAGAGGCGGACAGUGGAGGCGGACAGUGAUGAUGAAGAGGAGGAUCAUCCUCUCCGUGGCUUGGCGCCACUGACGCCUCUGGCACCGAGUGCGCCCGAGGAGUGCGCGGACCUGCUGCUGGUGCAGCCGCCGCUCUUCUUGCGCGCGGCCUACGAAAUGUUGUUGGGACCGGCCAAAGCACCCCAGACACCCUUGUCCGCGGAGGCCUAUGGCAAGCCGGGCGCGGCGCCCGAACCGCUAGCGACCGCGCGGGCGCGCGUGUCCACGGCCCUGGCCGGCCUUCCGAAGCUCAUCGCCGAUGCGGACGCGUCAGAGCUCCCGAGGCUAGCGGCGCCUCUGUGUGCGCGGCUGCUUCGCUUGGAGGCUGUGGGCUCGGAUUUGGACAACCUUGCAGAUCUAAAGCUCAAGGUCUUGGUGAGCUUGUUGGUUGCGGAUGGGAGCAGAAGGCCUGCAGUGCAGAACCUCAUCAACGAGUUCGGCAAGGAGGAUCUCUCCCUCGCCACGCGGAACAGCAUCCUGGAAGCGCUGGCCACUGCCUCACGAGAGCUUGCUGGUGCCCAGGCGGAGAAAGGGUCGGCGCCCCAUGAAUCGGGACGCGACGCGCGCGACGCGGUGGGCCAGAGCCGGCGCUUCGCCGCUGCCCGCCGCACGCGGGCGAACGCGGUGAACAGGUUCGCAGGGGAGGCCUUGCACUUCGUGCGACCGCUGGUGGCGAGGUGGAUGCGACCGACACCGGGUGCUGCCACCUGGGCUCUGAGUGAGCCGUCCGUGCUGGCCGAAUUUCUGCGGUGUCUUGGAG